AUGGACGCACACGCCCUCCUCUCGGCGCAAGGAUGGCGCGGCAAAGGUCACUCGCUCCAUGCAACGGACGAUUCCAUCGGUCUCGCGAAGCCGCUCCUGCUGAACCGCAAGGACAACACAAAGGGCCUAGGCACCAAGGCACACUUCACAAGCGACACAUGGUGGAUGAACGCGUUCGACGAGCAGCUGCAGGGCCUGGACACCUCGAAGAAGGGCCAGGUAACGCAGACGGUGACGCAGGGCCGGCUGAAUCAGAUCGAAAAGGUCUCGGGCGGCAAGUGGAUGCUCUAUGCGAGUUUCGUGCGAGGCGGCUUCUUAGAGGGGACGAUCCAGGAACACGAGAGAAAGGCAAAGGAGGAGGAGGCGAGCGGCGCUUCUACACCUGAAAGCGAGGAGAGUGCGACGAGUUCAGAGAGCGGGGCUGAUACGGAGGUAAGGUCGAAGAAGAGCAAGGACAAGAAGGAGAGGGGGGAGACGAAGGAGGAGAGGAGGGCGAGGAGGGCUGCGAAGAAGGCGAGGAAAGCGGCGAGGGAGGCGAGGAGGCAGGCCAGAGCUGCAAAGAAGGGGCCGAAGGCUUCUUCGAAGGAUCGCAAAGAGUCUAAGGAGGAGAAGAGGGCGAGAAGAGAGGCGAAGAAGGCCAAGAGGGAAGCGAGGAAAGCAAAGAAGGGGGAGUCUGGAUGA